GUGGCUUUCUGGACACACCAUCAGUUUCUAUUCUAUCAGAAGGCCCUGGUCGGAUCACGUCCAUUGAGGAGGAUCUGAAGCCCCUUUUGCUUUGCCAAUCGAUGGGAAUCAAAAUAGUAAGUACUUAUGGAGAACGUUAUGUAGUUUAUGACAAUGGACAGCCAAUUCGGAGGAAGGAUAAUAGCAACAGGUGCAAACUCUUCAAGAAUUUGAAACUCCCAAGAUUUAAGUAUCUAUAGGGGGGAAGGGUGACACUUUGAGAUCGGCAAAACAAAAAGAGGAAAAUAAAGAGGUGAGGGAAUAUGUUCCUAGGAAUUUCUCUCAGAAUCACAUAAAUUUACAUCCCUAUAAUAGCUCUCAAACUUCCUUUUCAUAAAGGCAUAAUCAGGACAGAGUUUGCAGGAUUUUUAUUUGUUGAACAUCCGCUAUUCUAAGGGAAAUGUAACUCCUCAGAGGGUGGCAAUUUGAUGGCUGGGGGCGCAGUAAGCACAAAAGAGAAAAGGAAAAAGCGGUACAAGAAAGAAACAUCAUUAUCUUCACUUUGCAUCCCCAGUCCCAUUUGAAGUUGAAUGCAUCAAACUGGUCUCUAGAGAGUUCAAAGGGCCUUUUUUUUUUUUGGGGGGGGGGGGGGGUAAGGCCCAGUCGCUUUGCUUGCUCACAUGAUUCCUCUAAGAAUCACAUUAGUUUCACACAAUUGGUAUAGCUCUGAAAGCAUCUUUUCGUAGGCAGGAUUACAUGAGUCUUAUGUUUGCAGUAUUUAGUUAAAACAUUAAUUUGAAAGAAAUGUAACCUAUGAAUUAGGCAAUUUGAUUUCUAACACAAAACUCAAGAAUGAAAAAAGGGGGAAGGGAAACAAAAAUCAGAAUUUUUACAAUAACAAAUUCACCAGAGGUAAAGAUUUGAGGGUUUGAAACUUCACAAUUUUCUGGUGCUCAAUUGCUUUCCUUAGAUUUUACAGCACUUGUCAAGGUUAAACAUUUCCUUAUGGUGCUAAAACGAAUUUGGCCUUGAGUAUUUUGUGAAGUACAUUGUUAAUUAACAGAAAUAAAACAGAUUUCUUUAACAUUUCCUAUUUAAACUUUGGUGCAUACAAGUAUGAUUAAAAGUAAAUCAAAAAUAUGAACCAAAUAAACUGAUCAUGUAAUUAAUUUAUUUGCCCAUGAUAAAAUGAUUCCUCUCUUUUAUUCUUACUUUUUUUCUCUUAUUGUCCAGGAAGUGAAACCGGCCGACUUUGUUCCUGGUACAACAGCUCAGAUAGUCUUCCACUGUGAACGAUGCCUCAAACACUGGAAGCUAGCUGGUCAACCAAAAGCACCAUCAGAAUGCAAGGAAGCCCAUCGACCUACUAAGGGACCCAAGUACAACAUAAGCAUGCAGAGUCAUAGGAUUAUGAAAGUAUGAACAUAAAUGAUGCAGUGUUACACGUAACCCCCCUCACACACACACACACACACACACACACCACAAGUUUAACAAAAUAAAGCAAAACCUAGAUAAAGGUAAAAGGAGAUAAAUCUUCCACAUUUUCUUUUCCCCCAGGUAUUCACUCCCAAUUAUUGUCUAUUAUACCAAUCACAACUGGGUUGCUACCGAACUGAUAAGGCAUUCAACUGAUGAAGCAUUACCCCCUUUCAGUGCAUCCCUGUUGAGAGCAGGUCGUGGAGAAAACUGAGAAUCUUUCUCUUUCAAACAUUGACUGUCCCGAGCACUCACACACAUAGGUUUAACCUCAAUGUUACAGGACAACAUAAGGGACCUAUUUGAUAUACUUGCACAUGACACCAAUCAAACACAUCUGCUAAGGAUGUCCCUUUUUAUUAGGGUUCUGGAUAAAGAUUGUGGAAACCUUUAACUCACAUCAAAGUACCACUAAUCUUUUCUCUGAUAAUGACAUCCAUCUCCACCCCAUAUCUGUCAUUGUACAUCUUGCAGGAGUUGGAGAAACUUCCAGAACAUGGCAAGCAACGUCUCAUCAAGGUGCUCUCCCGCACCGGCUCACCUGGCGCAGAUGAAGAACUCCUCGAGCUUGUCAAUUCUGUCAGCAGUGGUUUCCUUCAUGAACACUCAACGUCUCCCCAUGCCUCCAGACGAUCACGAUCUCCAGAGAAGAAAAGCGCAAUCAAGAUAUCUAAGGACAGACACUCAGCAAGUUUUGAAGAGAAACUCCAUCGAAAAAGUGCAGGGCAGCCUAAAACUAAAAGAGAACCAAGUAUCCACACUGCAAAAUCCAAAACUGGUGAGUGAAAACUUAUACCCAUAAUGUGCUGUUUACAAAAUGAAGGGAAAAUAACCAUGUCCAGUUUUGUAUUUGAUUAAAGUAAAGUUGCAUUACAAUUACAAAUCAUAAAGUGGGUUGAUGGUUUAUUAUAUAUUGAUACAUUGUUCUUGCAUCCAUUCUCAAUGCAUAUUUGCUAGUCAUAUCGAUGUGGAGUAAACUCUGUAUAUAUUUUAUCUUUUUUUUUCUGGGCCAGGCGAAUUUGGGACAGAACGUUUUGUUUUAACCCUCUCAAAUUAAUAAUGGCGUUGCAGUGUCCAUAAUUAUAUCAUCAUUUUAAAUGUUAUGUUUUGACAAUAGGUAGUCAGAAAACUACAGAAGAAGCAGUGAGUGCGAGGUUGAAAUCUUCUGACCCUGAUGUUCAUCCUGAUACAUCACAUCAUGGAAGUAGGGAAAGCACUGGAAUGACCUCAACCACCGAGGAGCCCUUGAUCAAAGACAAUGUCAAGCAAGACAUCGAUGGAACUAUUGACAGAGGGGAGAACAUUGUGAGAGAAACAUCCAAAGAAUAUACGCAGGUUGAGCAAAGCUCCCAUUGUAGCUCCAGCAAAAUCCAAGAAAUGCCUAUCAGUCAACUUCCUGAAAAUACCGGUAAGUAUUCUUUUCCCUUCAACAUACCAAUGAGAAAUACUUAGUAUAGUACCUUUAAUAGCAUACAUCUGAAGCGUGUUCAGAAAUAAUACCCAAGCUGUAUUCAUAUCCCCACAAAAAAAAGCUUCUUCUUUAUAUUUGGUGAGCAAUAAUCCUCUUUAUUCUGAAUUGGUGAUAUCUUUUCAUUGUAGGUCUGACUGAAAAGGUUUCAAGUAAGCCGCAGGCACGUAAGAUGAUUCCCCGCGGUGAAAUUUCUGCGACAGGACAGUCGAUUGUCGAGUUUGAAGACAUUGAUGGCACUACAUAUCAUGGAUUCAUGACACCUGCUGGAAACUUUAUUCCCAUAGCCCGGGUCGAUCAUACUGGAAACAGAUUGCCCAUAGCCAUGAAACCAGAUGGAGGUAUCUGCAUUGCCAAAAGCUAUGGCUCCCAGGAAUUAGCAGCACCUCCUGAUGAUCAUGCUGAAGAAUAUCAAGCAACAUCUGACAUUGAUAGAGUUAUCAUUGAGUUCAAAGAUAAGAAUGGUGCCAUUGUACGUGGUUACAAGAAUCAGAGCGGCCAAUUUGUGCCUGUUUCGCACAUCAAUAACGAUGGGGUGGAGCGUACAGUUAUGAUGAAGACAGAUGGAAAGUUCUAUAUAGGGAGUCUCAAUGACGACUGUGAUGGCGAGGAGGUGGACUUGUCAAAUUUGAAAUUUGAGUUGUUCAAUGAAACAUGUGUAAGUCAUCCUGCUGUAUUGUCCCAUAGUCAAAACAUUACCGAAGUGGUAAGCCAUGACGGGUUCACUUAUCAAGGCUUCGAGUCGCCAAAAUUUGGAUUCAUACCAACCGCUCGGAUAGAUGCAGAUGGUGCCAGGAGACCUGUAAUCAUGAACGCCGAGGGAGAAUACACUGUUGUGAAUGGAGACGGAAGGAUGAUAGGUGUGAAGGUACAAUGUCAGUCAGAUGACCUUGAUGAAAAUGUAAAAUGUACCGGAUGCAGGUUCCCGAGUCAAAGUCAAUCUCAAACAAGAAUGUUGUUCAAUGGUUUAUCAAGCACACUCUCUGAUUCUAGUGAUACCAGUCUUCUCCAUUCUGCCGGUCAGGUCGAUAGCCCCAUCGAUAACAUCAUGCAAAUAGACCAUUGGGAAAAAACAGAUGCAAACGCUCCUCCUCCAUCAAGGAAAUCAUCCCGAAAAUUAAUUCACAUGACCUACAAAAGGGAACAUGAUGGAUCAAUAUACCAUGGUUGCUGUCAGUCUGGUCAAUUCAUACCUGUAUUCCGACUUGAUGAACAGGGGUAUCGAUAUCCUGUAAUAAAAGAUUCUGAUGGCAAGUUGUAUACUGUCGAUAAAGAUGGUCAGAAUUUAUAUACAGAUCUAGACGAAAAAGGUAACUCAACCAAGGGAACACCUGAAGUUGUCACACGUAAACUGAAUGGUAACACUUUCGAGGGUCGUUGCACUAUUGAUGGUAGAUUCAUACCAAUGUACUGUAUUGAUGAUCAUGGAAACAAAAAAGCAGUAACAUCAGGCAGAAAUGGUUAUUACAUCUUUUCCGGAAGCAAUGGUCACAUCAAUUUUGUUAAGUUUCCUGCGGCAGAUAACGAGGUUAACUUGAUAUCUGGCUUCAAUCCUGCUGAGAGUGCUGUAACUGCAGUCCGUACAGGUGAUGACGGCUUUAAGUAUGAAGGUUACACAGCAAAUGAUGGGGAAUUCAUACCAACCGUCCGCACUGACAAAACUGGAUACCGCCAAAUGGUGUUAAUAAAUUCAGAGGACCAAGGAUAUGUGAUUGGCUACAAUGGAGAAAAGGAGCUUGUACCUUUCGUCAUUCCACCAAGAGCGACCAAAGCUAUGAUGAAGCAGAAAUUACUUCACACUCCUUCUAGAAAGUCAACACAAUCAAAAUGUUUUCAAGGCUCUGAUGAUAAUGAUGAUGGUGAUCUUAUAAGCAGUGCGAUGAUGCGGUCAUCUCCCAUUAGAAUGCAGUCGCAGGGGAAUCAUUUUUUAAAGGAGGGUGGCGAUGUAGAUUCACUAGGCAACACUCAGAAUCUUUCUGGUGGGGACCUUGAUGAACAAAGAACUGUGAAAGAAGAUGGUUCUGAUCAUGAUCUCAAGGAAAACUGGGAGCAGCACACCAGAGCAGAAUCACCCUUGAUAGAAACAAAUGCCUCAUCAAGUACUUCUCUUACAAACCCUCAUAAAGAUGGAACAGUAAUUUUCAGAGAGAGCAGAGGCAAGGAGUCUUCUAAGGAUAUGCGUAAGUCGCCCAGCAAAAUGAGUCACUCCGGCAAUUCUUCAAAACUUGACAAAUCAGCUAAAUCUGCCAAGAGUCAUGAAAACCAGCUGCGUAGGAGUCCAGGUGCAGGGAACAACAAAGAUGUUAGAUAUCUUGGCAUAGAUGACUCAAACUCCACAUCCGAGAAUACUGAUGGACAAGUUGCAGUGGACAUAGUAAACAAUAAAAACCGCAAUAUAAAAGAGAAGCCCAUUGUGAAAAAUACAGCUGUGCGAAAUGUCACAGGCCGCCCUGACAUGAGAGCUGGUCAGUUCAAGAAACAUGUAUUUGCAACACCACAUGAAAAUCUGACUAAAACCACAGGGCUGGGUAGAGAGACAAAUUUGUUGAACUCGCAAGACACAGGUAGCACCAACAUUGGAGACAUAGAACCUUUCAAUAGGGAAACAAAGCUACCCAGCUUGCAAAAGAAGACUGGUCUUCCACCUAUAAACCAGAAAGACAGGGAAGUAAAAUCUAUAGCUCAAGGGCAAUCAUCAAGACAACGAUCAGAAAGCUUGUCCAUCAGCCUUCCUGACCAAGGUACUUCAGACCAAGGUAAUACACUUCCUCUGAUAGAAAGCACUCUCAAUGCGCUUUGUCCAAUAGAAGGGACACCUGAUGCACUUCCUCCAAUUGAAGGAAAACAAAGUGAAAGCCGAUCAAGAAAAAGUGCUAGAAAUACUAUCGCUGAUGAGAAGGAACAAUACAGACAAGCGUCAUUUGCAGAUAUUGGUCAAGAGGUUGAGUUAGAGCAGGAAAAUGGUGUCAAUGAUAAAGGCCAAUCUUCUGGAGAUAUCCUGAGUAAAUAUUCUGAAUUUCAACUGACUGCAGAUUCUACAUUACCCCCUCCACUUUUGUCGCAGUCUCCACCACCAUUAGAUAAAGAGCCAGCAUACCAGAUUGCAUAUUCUACUUCACCCAACCUUCUAGGGAACAAAUCAUCACCGAUACCAAUAUCAGAAUCAUCAGUGGGGCAAACCUUUUCCAGUGAGCAAGAAAAGUCACCUGAACCCAUCACUUUGAAUAAGGAGUCCAAGAAAGUUAAGUUAUCUACUUUGCCAAUGAGCUGUGAUGAAGACAUUGUUCCAGUUUCAAAGGUUCCAUCCCAGAACUUGAUGAAAGCAUCGUUGCGACCAACAAGGAGCAUAUACCGUUCUGGAACAACUUUGGCAUCUCGUUCGUCAAAUCGUAUGCAUGGUGUCACAGAUAGCAUGCCCAAUUCAGUCAGUAAGAUAUGGCAGCAACACAAAAGACAGGUGGACUUCCUUCGUCAGACAUUCUACCUGCCCCUGACUCCUGCAUUUACUUUCUCAAUGUUCGAGUUACCAAAGGAGUACCAAAAGCACAAUUCCGCCAUGAGGCAAAAGGCAAAGCAGAUACGCACAAUGAAGAAACCAACCAGUCUAGGUAAACCCCCACAGAUCAUGCUGAGACCACCUCUGCCACUGAAGAAGGCUCCUCUACCCUUGAAAUCUAUACCAUAUCGCAUCAAGGCUAAAAUAGCUAAGGCAUGA